AUGGCCUCCUCUCCCUUGAGUUCCGUUGUGUCUCUGGACGUUUGUCCCCCGGCUGGCCCUUAUAGCCCUGCCAUCAAAGCCGGCGGGCUUGUCUGGGUCUCCGGCCAGCUUCCUAUCGAUUCGAACGGAGUGGUGGUCACCGAGUCCAUUUGUGCCAUGACGGCGCACUCCAUCUGCAAUAUCAAGGCCAUCUUGGAAGCCGCAGGGAGCGAGCUGGGCAAAGUCACCAGGGUCGGAGUCUUCUUGUCCGACAUGAAGUACUUUGCUGAGAUGAAUGCCGAGUACGAAAAGUGGUUCACACAUAAGCCAGCACGAACUUGCGUCGCCGUGAAGCAAUUGCCUCUGGGUGUCGAUGUAGAGCUGGACGCUGUGGCUUUGCAAUAA